CAAUUUUCAAGUGAUGCUUGACAAGAAAUCUGUUGUGGAGCAAGGGUGGUGAGCACGGCAUUGGAGAAGAGAAGCUUAUUACUAUUCGACCGGGGUAUUGGCGUUGUCAUGAGCGUUUUGGUCCGUCGGGUGGACAUUACUUCUGGAAGACGGCGUUGGGAUAUGUUCUGGAGGCAUGGUUCGGCCGCGGAUCGUGGCCUCUGGGGGAAUGGGUGGCGUACAUACAAUCCCGACAUAGGUUUUCUCAAGGCGUCUCCCUCGGCCGUGAUGUCAAUUCGUGCGAGGUGGACCCAUUGCAGCACAUGCAAGAGUGCCCUUGUCACCUCGGGCGUUCAUGCAGCAGGUACCCGCUUUCCGUGCGCCCCCGAUGUUUUGACACCCACCCCUCCGAGACGCGGGCGGGAUCACCGGAGCGUCCCGAUUCACGUCGCCGUCAGAAGCGGCUUUGCAUGUCCUCUGGGCAUGUUUCGUGAGGGGCGCCGAGAUAUAAAGACUGUCCGCCCAGUGCUACAGUCAUAUCUUUUAGUUUUAGUGCAACAGGCUCGAAACAGCUCCUGUGUUCUACCCCGCCAACCCCACUAGAGCAACAACCCACGCGCCACGCCCCAACACCGCGUGAGCCCCUUCCCCUCCUUCGACUGGCUGGCCGCUGCUUCCUACAUAACUCCUGUGUAUCCCACGCACAAACAAAAUCCUGUGCUUUAAUCUCGGUGCGUCCUCCUUCACCCACCUAACAAGACCGCUGCUCAAUUCCUCACGCCAGCUCUCUCCAUUACCCCCCACAUU